AUGAUAUCAAAUAGUCUCUACGAAUAUAUCGAUAAAGAGAGCAUUGGUUCAGAUCUUAUAUGCUUACUUUGCCAUAAUCCUUUUAUUGAUCCAACUGUGACUCAAUGUGGCGAUACCUAUUGUCGUCAAUGUAUAGAAAAAUAUAUGAGAAAUGGUUCUCAUUGCCCGUCGCAGUCGUGUAAUCAAUUAUUGAGUACUGACCAUUUGAUCCCUCCGUCACGCAAUUUCAUCUCAAUGCUCGAUAAACUUAAAGUUCGAUGCCAGCUUUGCGAGAAAACAAAUAUAAAUAGAGGAACCUUUGAUGAACAUAUAAAGACAAGCUGUCCUGAAUGCAUAUUAGAUUGUCCAGGGAAGAAUAUUGGAUGUCAAUGGUUUGGAUCGAGAAACGAACAUGAUGAACACACGAAAACGUGUUUAUUCGAAAAAUUAGGACGAAUGGUCGAUAUCUUGUAUAAGGUUAUUGAAAACCAAAGUUUGGAUAUAGAAAAGCUCCAAAAAGAAACACAACAGCAAACGACAGAAAUCGGACAACAAAAGACUGAAAUUGAACAACAAAAGGCUCAGUUACAACAGCAACAGAUUCAAAUCAGCGACAUUCAAUCAGAAAAUCAAACCCAAAAGAAUGGAACAGCAUCUGUUUGCAAGCAAAUUACAAUCCUUCAAGAAGAAAUCAACAAAUUGAAAAGCACAGCACUUUGGUUCUGUAAGUAG